ACUAACUGUAAUGACAGUCAUCCCUUAACAACGAGAUAGUGUUGGUGGCAUUGCCACUCAAAAUGCAGCGAGGCUCAAAUUACUUGUGAACUGAACUGAACUGGAGGAAGUGAGAGAAAGAAGCAAAAGGUGAAGAUAAAAGAGGAUAAACCAAAGUGGCACGAAACUGAGAACUGAACAAAACAUCAAAUUGUGUCUCAGCAUUCGAAGAUGUCAUUGAUUCUUUGUUCUUGUAAGUCCCUUUGUUUUCCCAAGUGUUCUUUACCUCUUAAUCAUAUCAGCAACAAUUUGAGGAACAAACCACAUGCGAACCCCGUGAAACUCCCAUCUCCAACACCCCAAAAAUUUUGCCCCUUUACAAAUAAAUUUUCAAUUUUGGGAGCCACCCAUGUUCCAUUUUGCUCCAGGAAUGAGGAAUUUGUGGUUGAUGAUAGGAUCCAGGAGCUUGAAACGCUUGAGCUGCAGGACAAGCCUUCACUGGUUCCCAUUAAAAACGAGUCCUUUUCUGAAAUUGAUGUACACUCAGAGAAUGAUUCUACCGAAGAGGAUGUUUUGGCACCCUUUUUGAAGUUUUUCAAAGGGAGUAAUGAUUCUGUGGUGGAGGAGGAAGAAGCUGGUGGGGUGUUAGAAGGUUCCAAAGAAAGGGGUAAUGAGAGUGAAAAUGCUGAGAAGUUUUGUGCUGAGUACUAUGAGCCCAAACCUGGGGAUUUUGUGGUUGGUGUUGUUGUUUCAGGUAAUGAGAACAAGCUCAAUGUGAAUGUGGGGUCAGAGUUACCAGGGACAAUGUUGACAAAGGAGGUGCUUCCCUUGUAUAGUAAAGAAAUGGAGCACUUGUUGUGUGAUGUGAACAAUGCUGAAGAGAGUCCUACGGUUCAGGGGAAGAUAGGGAUUCUGAAGAAUGAUGAUGCAAUAAAUGGGGUGCCAGUGCCUGGGGGAACUGUUGUAGAGAUUGGAACCAUUUUAUUUGCUGAGGUUCUCGGUAGGACACUUGCUGGUAGGCCGUUGCUUUCUACAAGGAGGCUCUUUCGCCGGAUUGCCUGGCAUCGGCUGAGGCAGAUAAAACAGCUUGGUGAACCUAUAGAAGUUAGAAUCACUGAGUGGAAUACUAAGGGACUGCUGACAAGGAUUGAGGGUUUGCGAGCUUUCCUACCCAAAGCCGAGCUUAUGAAAAGAGCAAAUAGCAUUACUGAGUUGAAAGAAAAUAUUGGACGCCAUAUGCAUGUACAAGUUAUUCUAGUAGAUGAAGCUGAAAACAAUUUGAUACUUAGUGAGAGGGAAGCUUGGGAAAAGCUAAAUCUUCGAGAAGGAACACUUCUUGAAGGGACCGUAAGAAAGAUCCUUCCUUAUGGAGCCCAAAUAAGGAUAGGAGAAACAAAUAGAAGUGGAUUGCUACAUGUUUCAAAUAUCACUCGAGCCCAAAUUACUUCCAUCAGUGACAUACUUUCUGUUGAUGAGAAGGUUAAAGUUCUGGUCGUGAAGUCAGUCUCUCAUGAUAAAAUUUCUUUAAGCAUUGCAGACCUUGAGAGUGAACCUGGACUAUUUCUAUCUAAUAAAGAGAGAGUAUUUCUGGAGGCUGAUAUGAUGGCAAAGAAAUACAGGGAAAAGCUACCUCCUGCUUUUAUCUCUCAACGACCAGAUGGCCUCCAUAACAAUGUCCUCCCUUUUGAAAAUGAAGCACUUUAUGCUAACUGGAAAUGGUUCAAGUUUGAGAGAUAAUGAUGAAACAAUUACCCUUGAAAGCAUAAUAACAUUAUUCAUAGGAAAGCUUGAUUGAUAGAACCUGACAUUGCAUAGCACAAAAAGUUCCAAAACGGGGGAUUUCAUUCUUGGAAGAAAACAUUGAGUCUAUAACAUCCAAGCUUUUGAUUCAGUCUUUAUUCAUUCAUAAGUUGAUUGCAUGCAUUGCAGAGCACACAAGGUAUGUGGUUUCAAUAGUGUGAUAUGCUUUCAGAUUAUUUUUUUUCCUUUCAUUUUUUGCCUUAAUAUUUAUUCAAAAUGAUUUUUUUCCAUGCCUUUUUAGCUUGUUGAUUAAUAGGUAGAUUCAUGUAGCUUGUAAAUUUUUAUGUAAGUUAUAUUUACAUUUUUUUCACUUCAAUUUUAAUGCUUUCCUUUUCGUCU